CGACUUCGCCGGCUGCCGUCCCUUUUCCCGGAAGACCUUCGCUACCCUGUUGAGAUAUCGUCACAGUGUACGCAUCCGAUUGCUGCCCUGCUCUGUAGUGACAUUAUCAACGGCCCCUCGUGACCUCGUGACCGCUUUUUCGAUUCAUGAAUGCGAUCGGAAUCUAGAUCUGAAUCUGCUUUUGUCUCAGCUGCUCCUGAAAGCGGUUGCUCGUGGACAACAUCAGCACAAGUAUGCCGGCCAAGACAUCUGCUAAAAAGAUGGCACCAACACCGCGGCCGACGGACGACAUCCGCUUACGGCGCUUGGCACGUCCUUCAAGAGAGUCUGUAGAAAAGCAAUUAUCUAUACCAGAGACAAUCUCGCCUUUGGACAACUACCCUCCAUUGCUUCGCAUUCCAUCCGAAAUCCGGAGAGAGAUCUUCAGAUAUGUUUUGCCAUCGUCAAACAAGCGCUUCAUCUUAUACACCGAUUGCGACUCGAGGUCCAUAAGCAGAAAGUGGAACAAGAUCUGCCGUCCGCACCCCGAUCAGCAUCUUACGCUCGACAUUCUACGGACGAACCGGCUCAUCUACCACGAAUGCCUUUCAGUGCUGUAUUCUGAGAAUCAGUUUCAUUUUUAUGCGUUCAACUAUCUGCCUGUUCUGGAUUUCAUUCGCCAUCUGAGUCCAGAAGCCAAAAAUCAGGUGCGCAACGUGCGGCUUACGCCUUUGACGGAUAAGCAGGACGAUCCGCCAGCGUCACACGAUAUCUUUUGUACUGUCAUACAUGACUCUUUACCCGGGCUCAGCCAACUGCAAGCUGAUCCGGUCAUUUUCUUCUAGCACAUUGGCCAAAUGCUUCGUUUAAG